AUGGGUGAUAUAAAAGACGCUCAACUAAGUGCCCUAAAUGUGGGGGAGCUAGAUUUAUAUGUCGACAGUAUGGAACCAUCGCGCAUAGACUGCAUAGGAAAUCAGGGAUGGGUAGACUGGCACAUUCGGUUACAGAAACUAAAUCAGCAAGCAGUGUUGGAGGCUUCUUCAAUGAUGGAGGAACGCACUAAAGAAACCUUAAUUUCUUCUGGGAAGCUGCCAGUGUUAGUUUAUGAAGCAAUAUGCAUACAAGUAUGGCGCACGAAGAUCUAUCCACAGAUAAUUAAGUUGGAACCAGCACCGGAAAACACCUUCGGCGUUUAUAUGGUGCUAUACCAUGAAGCAGCCACUGUUGGACUGUUGGAGACAGUGUUGUUCCACGAGGAUGGCGCGCAAUGUAUCAGCGAGGUGGUUAUAGACCUGCUGAACUACGCCGUUGACCAGCUUACUGUUUUGUUGGCUCUCAUCAAUAAUGGGCAGCUGAAGCCAAUAACUACCAAGGAGUUGGAAUGCGAGACAGCCAUUGAGGAACUGGAGCGACAGAAACGGGACCUGCAGUUUGACAUUAGCAUGCGAUGCAUCUCUAUCGUGCGCUACAUAGCUGAGCAUAUGGAAGUGGGCGGUGCAGGCGCAUCUAUUUCCACGAACUUGUACAAGACGCAUGACGUGCCUUCGCUGCUGACGCAUCUCCUGCUCCAUGAGCCCUGGAUGAGGAGGAACGAAAAGGGGGAACUGCAAACUUUUAACUACGGUCGUUGGAGCAAGCCUUCAGCGGAGGACUUGUCUCAGCUGCACCGCACGGAGGCUCAGCUCUGGCUGUGUGUGCGACAACUAUUGCUGGAGCCGCGCCUGUCUCACUACUACACCAUCGACGAGUGCCGCCGCAAUGCGUUCUGCCGGCUGCAAGCCAAGAUGACAGAACCCAUGUUGGACCAGAUCCCGCCUCUGGGCGACCUGAAGAGGUUCCUCUGCCAGCUGGCUGUAGGCGACUACUCCAGUCUCCACAAUCGAACUAAUGGGGUCAAGAAUCCUGGAUGCACUCUCAUCGAGAUGGUUCCACAGAUUAAAGAUGGCUAUCUAAAACAAGUGCACAAACGAACCAAGACUCUCGCUAAGUCCCAACUGGAGUUAUUCCACAUGGAUGGGUCCGAAGAAUCGAGGAAUAUGGCUAAGAAGCUUUUGGAGUCGUACACUAGCGACGCAGCGCUUGCAUUGGAUAGUGGCGGCGCGAAGUGUGCCAAAUGUGGAGACAAAGCUUCAAAGAAGUGCUCUAGAUGCAAGACCGAGUGGUAUUGUGGCAGAGAAUGCCAAGUUCAACAAUGGCCAAAGCACAAGGAGAUAUGCGAUCAGUUUUCCAAACUAUGUGUUUAA